AUGACUUCAUCACCAUUAUUAUUCACAGUGAGGAGGUUCCAACCAGAGAUGGUGCGUCCGGCUGCAUCUACUCCUCGUGAAGUUAAACUACUCUCUGACAUAGAUGAUCAACAAGGCUUACGUUUUAAUAUUCCUCUCAUUUUUGUCUUUCAUCGUGAACCAUCAAUGGCUGGAAAAGAUCCGGUAGAAGUUCUUAGAAAUGCACUGUCGCAAACACUAGUGUAUUACUAUCCAUUUGCGGGAAGGAUUAUAGAAGGUGUUGGACGCAAGUUGAUGGUUGAUUGUACUGGUGAAGGUGUCAAGUUCGUUGGUGCUGAAGCUGAUGUAACACUUGAUCAAUUUGGCGACUCUCUCCAUCCACCAUUCCCUUGCUUCCAAGAGCUUCUCUACGAUGUUCCAGGCUCGGAACUAAUUAUUGACCGUCCUAUUCGACUCAUACAAGUGACACGUCUCAAGUGUGGUGGUUUGAUAGUGGCUAUAAGUUUGAACCAUACAAUGAGCGAUGGAACUGGUAUCAAACAGUUGAUGGAUGCAUGGGCAGAAAUGGCUCGAGGAGCACAUCAACCUUCCAUUCAACCAAUCUGGUGUAGAGAGAUCCUCAUGGCAAGAGAUCCACCACGCGUUACCUACAACCAUCGUGAAUAUGAACAAGUAUUUCCACCGAAUAAUACCAUAAAUGAAGAAGAUACUACAACCAUAACCCACCAAUCUUUCUUCUUUAAACCUUCAGACAUAGCUGCACUUCGUCUCUUGGUUCCAUUUCAAUGUACGACAUUUGAUCUUAUCAGUGCAUGUUUUUGGUAUUGUCGCACAAAAGCAUUGCAGUUAGAGGCAGAAGAAGAAGUAAGAUUGAUGGUCAUCGUCAAUGCACGUUCGAGGUUUAACAAUAAUCACUCCUCACUUGUUGGAUAUUACGGUAACUGUUUUGCUUAUCCAGCAACCGUCACUACAGCAGGGAAGCUUUGUGGAAACUCACUAGGAUAUGUUGUUGAGUUGAUAAGAAAAGUAAAAACUCAAGUUACAGAAGAAUACAUACGGUCUGUAGCAGAUUUCAUGGUUAUUAACGAAAGGUGUUUAUUUACAACUGUAAACUCUUGUAUUAUUUCCGAUUUGACUAGAGCUAAAUUUAGAGAAGUGGAUUUUGGAUGGGGUGAAGGGGUGUAUGGUGGAGUUGCUAAAGGCGGGGCUGGACCUUUUCCAGGGGCAACUUACAUUGUUCCUUAUAAGAAUGCAAAAGGAGAAGAUUGUUUCAUGUUACCAAUUUGUUUGUCCUCUCAGGUAAUGAAAAGGUUUGCUGAGGAGUUAGAUCAGAUGCUUAAUAGCUAA